UUUUUGACUCGACAAAAUACGCGUUCUUUCCACUCUUCAGUCAGUUUUAAAUGCUUAUUCUUUUUCAUACUAGUAGUUGCUGGCAGCUAGCUGCGUGGCUUGUAUUUCGUUCCAAUUUUUGGCGUCUGGAUCCAUUGGUAUUGAAAUGCUCUGUGUUAACGCCGGAUAAACGCAUGGUGCACCGUGUCAAUGAUGGAAGCAUCGCUGGAAAACAGCCUCCUGCACAUCUUCGCCACCGUCUCCGACGCGCGCUCCCGCGUCAACGCCGUCAACACCCUCAUCAAAUCCAACCCCUCCCUGUCCGCUGCCACCCUAACCAACCCCCUGGUGGCCGAGCAUCUCCUGGAUCUGCUGAUUAAAUGCCGCAACAAACACCCCACCGUCAUCGACAUCCUGCACCACGUCCUGGACCGUCUGGGUUCCCCGGUGUUUACCACGAACCUGGGCGCGGCGGUGUCCGCGCACUGGCCGCAAUAUGACGCCAGGGUCCGCCUGCAUCUGCUGCGCAUGUUGACGGGGUGUGCGACCGGGAGGACCGUGUUGCGCGCUGAAAAGUGUCGCGUUGCCCAGGAGUUUGUGGAUGGCGACCUGUUGCGCUGUCUGGAGGAAUGGCGGAUGAGCGCCGCGUCGGAUCCGCGUGAGACAAGGGCGAAAACAGUUGGACGUGCGGAGUUUAUUGUGGAAAGUCUGGAGGUGGUCGAGAGCAUCGUCCGAAUGGCGCAACGGGAAGAAUGCCGUGAGCUAAUAAUUUCCGCAGAAAUCCUCAGCCGUCUCCAUAUUUUCAUCACCAGUCUUCUCCCGCACACCGAUCUGUCUCAGCCCAGUCUUAUCAUCGCGUUGGGCCGCACCGCGUUCUGCUUGGCGGAACAUUUCCACACAACCUCCGAUUUACAGAGCGCCAGUCUGGACGCAUUAAAUAAAAACAAUAUUCCAUGGGGAUCCGUUGGAUUCCUGAUGGCCUGGAUCGAUACAAUGUCCGCUGAAGAAUUAACGCAAAAUUAUCAGCGUGUUUUAUUCCCGUUUAAUAACUCCCUUCCGAAUCAAACGGAAGCCCCGCUUUCCAUACCGGUAGUUAUUUCUUUCGUCAAAAGACUGAAAAAUCUCGAUAUGACGCCGGAAUUAUCGGAAAUGGUGGGGAAAUUGUGGAGCACCGUCUUCCGGUCGCCUCACCAAUCAAAAAUCGUCGAAAUUAUCCGGCAUUUAAUUCCUUUGUGGACUAAUAUACCGGAAGCUGUUCGAAAAAAUGUUUUCAGUAAUUUAUGCACUUUGUCGUGGAAAUCGUUGUAUAAAUUAAAAUGCUACGUUUUGCUCAAUCUCGACCGUGCCGCGUUCUCCAAACAAGUCAGAUUGCGUCCAGUCGAUUUGUUGGAAAUGAUCCCGGAUAAAUAUUUCAAAAUCCCGUUAUCGGAUUUGCUCGUACAGAUCGCCAAUGCGGAAGAUAUAGCCGAUAUUUUGGUGAAAACGACGGAUCACAAUGCGUUUUUAAUGCGGGAUGUUUUGCCGGGAUUGGCCAGGAAGGAGAAGAAUUUUAUCCCGGAUUUGUUACGGAUGUUGAAGGAGAAACGAUGUGUCGUGGGAUACGGGCCGGUGUUUUAUGCCAUCCGGGUUGCGAAGAUCCAGGUGGAUGCUGGGAUGGUGCUGCGGGAGUAUAUUUGCGGGAAUGUGGAUUUGGCGGUGUUUGCGGAUGAUACGUUGCGGGUGGAAGCGUUUGCAUUCUUCUGCGAACACGCCGAUCCGGUUAGAUUUUUCGCAAGAUUUGUUCAUUUUAUUUCCACAAAUGUCGAUCACCAGUUUUCUCGGUUUCGCGAGCCGUUUCUCCGAUCAGCACUGCAGUUCCUGCGCCGCACCGCGACGGUACUAUCCCAGAAUAAAGCCAAAUCUCCCGGAAACGACCACAGAUAUUUUGCCGAAAAAUACGAUGAAUUUCUAUCGGAUUUACUGAUAUUUGACUGCUCGCCAACUUCAUCUUAUGCAAGGCGAAGCAGCGCCCUGCAACUCGCAAAAGCGAUCCUGUCUUCCUCAUACGAACUUGCUCUUCUCACUCCCGGCUUCACAUCCACCGUGCGCCAUUCCCUCCUCCAGCAGCUCUUCUGGGAAUCCUUCCCCGACAACCAGCUCCUCAUCGUCGGCAUCCUCUCCCUCCUCCCUUCAUCCCCAUUUCCUCCCGGGGAAUUCUCCCGGGAAAAUCUAUCCCAGAUCGCCGAUCAACAAGCCGACAGUUGUGGCUCCAAUGCGGCGCGCCUCAGCGCCCACCUCGACGCGCUGCUCCACGCGGGACGUCCGGCGCCGGAGAUGGUGGAGGAGUUGCUGGGGAAACUGGAGAAAAAUGUGGAGAGGGCGGGAGAGAAGGGCGUGCAGUGGACGGCGCGGUAUGCGCCGCUGUACGGGCAGAUUGCGCGGUUACGCAGUGCGAUGGAGCGGUGGACCGGCGGAAAGGUCACGGGGGAAUGGGUGGAGAGGGCCGUGGGGGCGUGUUGGACGGUGUCGCGGCUGGUCAACGAGGUGUUUGCCGAUCAUACGCAGGAUUUAUCCAUGGAUCGCAGUGUCCUGGUUGAAGAUGAUGCGGCUCCGACGGCGCAGAUGCUGUACGUCUGCUGCUGGCGCUGCAUCCGCGAAGUGUCCCUCCUUCUAACCGAACUCCUGACUGGUCGCCUCGUUCCAUCCGCUGCGAUUUCCCGCAUUCAGGACGUGUUUUUAUGGAACAUCAGCCAACUGUUCAUGACCCGCCACACCGGGACGUUCGAGACGCUGGCGGAGCAGAUCCACAAAUUGUCUGUCCUUCUCGUGGAAAAACACGGGGAGGCCGGAAAAGCGGUGGUCGUGUCCAGUCUGGAUGAUAUCGUGGAGGAAGUGACCGGGGCGUGGUCGUCACCGCUCCAACCGGAAAAUACGCGCCGCAGCGCCGGUGUACCGCGGUUGUGGUGUAUUUUGUACAGUCCACUACGACGAACAGAAGUCGGUGAAGAAAGUUUCAACACCAGCACCGACGUCUUGUUUUCCAUUAACGGGAACACAACUUCCGCCGACGACAGCACCCGCGUCCGCUCCAUCAACAUCCUGGAGGCGGUGUUCCGCGAAAACGCGUUAAACGAAUUAAGCGAUGCCUACAUCGGACGCGGCUUCAUCGUGGCCUGUGACGCCAUGACCUCCGCCGUCUGGUCCAUCCGCAACGCCGCCGCCUGCCUCUUCACCGGUCUGAUGCAGCGGGUCUUCGGACCCGGCGUGAAGAAACCGGCGGAGGAGCUGCAGUUCCGGGAAGCCUGUUUACCAGCGGAGGAAUUCUUUGGUGAUUAUCCGGAGGUGUUUGAUUAUGCGCUGGAGGUGCUGGACGCGGGGACCGGAGUUUUCCCGGUGUUGCUGAUCUUGGCGAAGUUGUACGGGAGUGCGGAGGAUUCGGAGUAUGUGCAGCGGUUGCUGGAGCCGUUGUGGAAGGAGGUCCAGGCGAAGGAGUGGCGGGUGCGGGAGAUGGCGGCGCGUGCCAUGGUCGGGUUGUUUGGUGAAGUGUUGUGGGAGAAAUUGUUGGCGUUUGUGGAAAUGAUGAGAAGCGAAGAUUCCGGGGAAUCUGCUGGUGAUAAGGAAAAUAUGCGGCAUGGAGUGCUCCUGGUUUUGAAGGAAUUACUGGCGUCCGGUCAUCUGCUGGAAGGAAAACGCACCACUUCGUUCACGACACUAUUAGCCCCGAUGUAUCGUCUGGAUGCGGGAGCGCUUCCAACACGAUCAUUAUUACUAGAAGUAUCACGAGAAUUUGUGCGGAAAUACCGAGGACGCACGGACGAGUUCCUGGAAGAAUAUCUCGACUGGCUGCAAGCAUUAUCCCGUUCGGAGACGGGCCAUCAUCCCGGCAUUUCCGUGUACGUUGAGGCGUAUUUCGACCUGCCGCCCCGGGGUGUCACCGUGCGUUUCGCCAACGAGCACACCUAUUUCUGCAACGAGGUCGCCGAAUUUAUUGAGAAAUCCUGCAUUGUGCCGUCGCGCUCCAGAGAAUACGAUUUACGAGCGGUUUUAUGGAAUAAAUCCGCCGAUAAAGAUGGCAUAGUGCAGUGGCUUCGAUUUCUACGGAAAUCCGAAGAAAAAGGUCCGGUUUAUAUUGCGCAUCUGGUUAAUUUGGUUGUGCCGUUGCUGGAUUAUCAUUUUGAAAAAUCACUGGUGUACGUCCGCUUGUCGGAAGCGGUGCUGGAAGGGAUGGAAGGAAACGGCAGUGCGGAUGUUUUUUCGGCCGGGUUGCAGGCUGUGGCACACCUUCAACGGGAUAUGGAUUUGGGGGGAAAAUAUUGGGAGCGUUUUAUAGAUUGUGUGGAGAAGGUGGUGGAUGGUGGGAAUUCGGAGACGCGGUUGACGUGCGCCGGGAUGUUGCCGUGUUUGACGGAGAAAGUUGGGAUUGGGUUGGUUGGGCGGUAUUGGAUUAUGGUGCUGAAACUGCUGCGUGAUGACGUUAUGAAGAUUCGGACAACGAUGGCGAACCAGCUGACGACUUUCGGACUGACACCGCACCCGUGUAUACCUAACCACGCCGUACAACUCGUCAUUGACCAUCUCGUGGACUGUUCCGUGGAGAAAAACCAACUUCCCAUCAUGAUCGCCAUGCUGACGUCGGAAUACAUCAAUGACGACGACCGAAUCGUCCAGAGCGUCGACACCGAUACGACCAUCUUCGAGAACUGCGACCGGCACGAGUAUCACGAGAAUCUGCGCGUAUUCCGUCUGCUGCAUCAGUCCGUCGUGCGCGUCUCACAGAAUAUCAUGUUCAUCCCGUCUGAUGCGAAGGAAAGCGGUGUCUUGAAGUGGAUGGAUGCGGUGCGGUUGGAGAUUGACGAUUGUUUGAAGUAUUUGAGGGAAGGGUCGUUUUUGACGGAUUUCAUCGUGUAUAAUCGACUGGUCUUCCGGUUGUAUUGCUCAUUGUUGGUAAAAGAUUGUUUACAGCGCAGUGGUGUGGUGUUCGAUGGUUGGCCGGAUUUGCCGAAUAGUGAUAGGGAAGUUUUUGCUUCUGAUUUACUACUCAGCCACAUUUCUGACUGGAAGUGAUAAUUUGUUGUUCAUCAGAGUAAGCACCGACUGUUACCGUACUGUGAUGUUUUACGCCAAUAUUAAAGUC